AAUUUAGUUCGAAAAUGUCUCACUGGGUGGAGGUCAAUGACGUAACUAUUGAAAGGAUCCGUCGACGACUUACUGAAUGUGUGAGACUUCUUGAAAUUUACAGCUGGGUGGUUGAUAGUUUUGUCUUGGACUUUUUCUUAGACUCUCAUUGGUCUCAUCUUCCUGAAUCCUGGUGUAAUAUUCUCAAACAUUGCUCUCCACAAACGUUAGCAAGUUUGUUGGAUCCUAACAUUCCAGCAGACCAAAAACAGGUUUGGCCGUUAUCACUGUUAGCAUUUAAGAAAAGUAUUUUGUCUCUUUCUUUGAGCAGGAAACAGGUAUCCGACUUCAAGUUCGUUAAAGCAUUUCUUGAUUCCACAGUUCUCAAUGAAAGAGCAUCAAAAAAAAGCAAACAAGAUUCUCCUAAGGCAAACUUCUCAGAGAUCGAGACUGGUUUAAAAGUUGAGGAUGAACAAAACUCGAACAAAAUGGAAAAGGAAAAGUUCUGUUUUUUCGAAGAUAUGCUAAGUGUUCUUGAGAAGAAAAAUCCGACCCUGAAGCAAAUAUUCAGGAAGCAUGUGAAACCAAAGAAGCAGUAUGAAUUAGCAAGACUUGGAAAGUUUACUUAUGAUAUAUUGAACCAGAUAAACGUGAAUUGUCUAAUAGAUGUAGGAUCUGGACAAGGCCAUCUGGCUAGGUACUUGUGCUAUUCAUAUUCAUUGCAGGUUGCCUGUGUUGAUUCUAACAAAGAUUUUACUGAUUCUGCGCGCAAGUUUGAUAUCCAACUCGAGCAAAGUUUUAGGAAGCUUGAGAGAAGAGGUGAACAUUGUUUGCACAUUCCCCACACUGCUCCUGUGCAUGUUAAUGCAUGGCUUCAACCAGUUAUGGAUUUACAGGCCUUUCAUUCUAUCCUGUCGGAGAAGUUCCACAUCUAUGAUACAUCUCUAAGAUACUGUAUAUUGGGACUGCAUACUUGUGGUGACUUAGGUCCUGUUCUGAUAAAAAUGUAUGCCCAAGAUACAAAGGCGACUGUCCUGAACUCAAUCGGCUGCUGUUACAUGAAAAUCAAGGAACACUUUCCAAUGUCUCUUUUCUUACGGGGUGUGGAAACCAGAUGGAAAUUGAACUAUACAAAUGCUGAAUUGGCUUGUCAUGCUAUCGAGAUGUACACAGAACGACUAAGAGAAGGCGAAGAAGACAAACUGAAGGUGCACUGUUACCGUGCCGUGCUCGAGAAGUUUCUGAUGAAAAAGGAUCCAGCCUUAAAACACUCAAUUCUUAGAACUGUUUCUCGUGCACAUACACUAACAUUUCUAGAAUAUGCUGUUAAGGCAACAAGUAAGCUACCUCUGGGAAUAGAUCCUUUAGAAUUCGAUACAGAAGAGAUUCGUGAGGAGUUGUCGGCCUGGUGGGAGGUUGUUGGCUAUUAUACCUUACGGUUAGCGCUAGCACCUAUACUAGAAACUGUGAUUUUGCUGGAUCGUUGUGUUUUUCUUUAUGAGAAUGGAUUCAGGAGUUUGCUGAUACCACUUUUUGAUCCCAUAAUCUCUCCCCGCAACCAACUUAUAUUCUCGGCAAAAAAUUAACUUGCGGAAAACUGUACUUAAUACUCAAAAUAUAUUCUGCAACAAAAUUACCAAAAUAUAUUCUGCAACAAAAUUA